UUUAAAGGCGAUAUUUGUAAGCGCACGCGCAAAUUGAUUUUUGAGUUCCUUGAAAGAAAGGAUAAUGGCAGCUGCAAUGGAGGUUGAUACACCCAGUGGAACAAAUAAUAGCGUUGGUAAAAAGCGCUUCGAGGUGAAAAAGUGGAAUGCGGUUGCACUCUGGGCCUGGGACAUUGUAGUUGACAAUUGUGCCAUCUGCAGAAACCAUAUCAUGGAUUUGUGCAUAGAAUGUCAAGCAAACCAGGCUUCAGCUACGUCAGAGGAAUGUACUGUAGCAUGGGGAGUAUGUAAUCAUGCAUUUCACUUCCACUGCAUUUCGCGCUGGUUGAAGACUCGGCAGGUUUGUCCGUUGGAUAAUCGAGAAUGGGAGUUUCAGAAGUAUGGUCACUAAGGAGCACAACUUUUGCUAUGUUGAGUGCAGUCCAUAUCUUGAGGCAGUAGAACCAAGAAAGAUCCAGCACUGCUGAAACAGUUCCUGCAUGUUUUGCAUGCAUCAUUCAAUAUAAUUGUCAAAAUAAAUAGUGUGAAAUAUCAGUAUUUAUGUUGUGGUAUUUUUUCAAACCUUUAAGUGUAUUUUUAGAGUGACCAAAAAAGUGACAACUGCCCCUUGCAGAAAGCAAGAUAAAAACACGCUUAUGACAAUAUGAAUAUAUCUAAUAGACUUGUGCAUUCGGAUUUAUAAAAAUUUUAAUUUUUAAUGAAA